GCAUCUCCACUUCUGCCUCUAUCCACUGAGACUGAAGCAACUCACCUCAGCUCUAACAUCAGUUCAACAUUUCAGGUACGAAACUUUGUCUUGGGCAGAUUUCUCAAUUUUUAUUCUUCUAUUAAGACAAAUAUUUGCUACAGUUACUGUAGUGUUUAUUAACAGUGAGUUUUCCUGCGUCAUUCACCUGUUUAAAAUAAUUUUCCACUCUGUGGUAUAUCAGAAAAAUGAUGCUCACCGUGAGCCUAAACUAACCAAGGGAGACAUUGUGUUUUGUUUCUUUGAUUGAGGCACACAUUUAAUUGACAAUAAGUUAAAAAGAAAAAAUAGAAAGAUAUUAUGAAAAUUUACACUAUAGUUUAACAGAGACCACAAGCUUUAAAAAAAACUGAAAAAAAUAUAUGUGUGGAACAUCUAAUGCUUGAUCAGACAUGUGUGAUCUUGCAUUACAUGCUAGAAGAUUUUGGGGGAAGAAAAACAAACACUUUGUCGGCACAUUCGCUCAGUCACUAAUAUAUUGUUACAUUGAGGAUAGAUGUCCAAUAAUAUCUUAUUCAUUGAAAAAUAUUUGUGGACAUUACAUUUGUCCUUCCUGGAAACUGUACCAAAAUCCAUGGAAAAUGACAACUGAGAAAAUAUCAUUAGUUAGCCAAAGAACACAACAAGUCCAUUACUGGACUUUAACAGACUGAACUGAUAUUUUUGGCAAAGUGUAGUAGAGGGGUUUGUGUGUCCUAAGGAUCCAGGAGCUAUGUUCUCAGGCCCAGUUGGGUCCCUUUAGGGUCUCCCAAGGCAAAUUGGUCAUGGAUGAGGGGUCAGACAAAGAGUGAUUGAAAAAAAAAAAAAACUAAAAAAACCAAAAAACUAUGACAAUAGAGAGAUCAAGGCAGCAGUUCACUCUGCUAAACUGGUCACUCGGGUUAACUGGUUCUGUACAGUUAACCCCGUCCCAGUCUAGGCUUAAGCCCUGAAAUGGGGGCUUGAGGAUUUCUCUCUGGUGGCCAGGCCUUAGCCCAUAAGAUCCAGCCUAUGGAUCUGCACACAUCUGUCUUCCUGUGGGGCACAGGAAAGGCUGUUAGAGGUUUGUUGCACCAUGGUUUAGUCAGCACUCUGCUGCGUUUCCUGAGUGCCUCUCUCUGCAUUUAUCAUAUCUUCCACCCGGAAGCCAAAGUUGCAUGUUUCUUUUGUGCAUUGUUUUUUGUUUGUUUAUGUCUUUCAGGUGCCAUUUUUUAUUUUUUCUGGAAUGUGUUGUUCCAGAUGCAGCAGUUGGUGACCCAUUGUGCUUUUAUAAUAUCUUUUCUCUUCUUUCUUCUUUGUCACUUCUUCUUUUUUGCUAAUCUGCAUUCAAACCAUAAUUCUGCUUGCUAAAAUUGCGGUACAUGACAGGUUUAUUAAAAAAAACAAAAAACACAGUUUUUUCCCUCGCCUCUUCUAUCUAUGUGGUUGAAGGAAACCGUAUGGUCAUAUCGUGCGAUGUUUGUUUCGCCUUUGACUGCAGCAGCUUUGCUUCCCUACAGAAAACACAUUUGUACUAAACAGCUCUUUUCCUAUGAAGUGCUAGUGUUUUUGCCUCCACAGGCACACAAUGUUUCCCAAUGCCUCUCUGAUCAACUACACACUCAAACCGGAGGAUGACCAGGCAGCUACGGUGGGCAUCAGUUCCAUAGUGCACACUGUCACCAUCGUCCUCUUAAUGCUUACCGUUGUGCUCGGCAUCACAGGGAACUCCAUGGUGAUCUGGGUGGCUGGCUUCAAACUUAAGCCGACAGUCACCAAUGUGUGGUUGGUCAAUCUGGCGAUAGCAGACCUGAUCUUCUGCUUCACACGAAUCUUCUCCCUCACUCGGCUGUUCUUGUCAGGCCACUGGCCUUUUGGCCCCUACCUCUGCAAGUUCAACGGCUUCUUCAAAUACACCAACAUGUUCUGCUCUGUCUUCCUGCUGGCUGUGAUCAGUCUGGAUCGAGUGCUCUGCAUAUGGUGGCCGGUCUUCACAAGGCGCCGACGCACGCUGUGGGUAGCGAGGAUGGUGGCAGUCUGCAUCUGGAUCAUAGCGAUCCUCUUCAGCAUUCCCUACUUCAUCCAUCGCCAAAUUUAUGUGGACACCAACAACCAAACUAAAUGUUCUGUGGACCCAAAAGAGAAGGCAGAAGGGUACAACAGCACCAAAGUUGCUCUGUAUUCCAUCCGCUUCCUGUGCGGCUUCAUAUUUCCCUUCAUGGUCAUUCUCAUCUGUUACAUCCUGGCUGCUGUGGGCAUCAGACGUACCCGUUUGGUGGCAAAGUCCCGGCCUCUGCGUAUACUAGCAUGUUUAGUCACUGCCUUCUUCCUGUGCUGGGCUCCUUAUCACUGCCUCCAACUGGUGAGAAUGAUCAAUGUUGAUAAUAUUGUGGUGAAAAACUGGUUUUAUGUAGCACAGAGUAUUGCCUACUUUAACAGCUGUGUAAACCCACUGCUUUACUUUUGCAUGGGGCUAAAAUUGAGGAAUGGGUUUAAAAACGGUCUGAUGGGAGUUUAUACAAGGGCUCUGACAGAUGAUACAGGUGGCCAAAUUACUCAAUGGACUGAUCAGUCUUUGGAUUGAAGCUCUGUGUUUACAGCACUCUUUUAACAGCAGAAAGGAGUCAGACAGCAGUGGAUGUAACUAAAGUCGAAGUUUCUCUGAAUAAUUGUGAUGCUCGGAAGAUUAUGUGUCCAUGUUUUAGUUUUUAACAAAUGUAAACCGGAGUGUAGACAUUUUGAUCUGUCUAUCUCUAAACAGGAAAUCAAAUUAUUAUUUUUUUUUAUUUAUUUUCAUUGUAAUGUGAAGAAUCUUCAUUGUAAUUACAAGGCACAAAUGUAGCUCAGAAAAAAAUGUACAUAUGUAAACAAUAUGUUAUAGAUCUAGAUUUUUUUUUUUUUUUUUU